GGGUAAGCCCCGGCCGCGCAGGGCGCCGCGCUCAGUCCGGCCGGCCCUGCCCUGCCCUGCCCGGCGCCGGCGGCGCGAUGUGAGCGCCCGAGGCCGGAGCGUCCGCCGGGCCCGCGCUAGCCACGUUCCGACUGACUGAAGACACGAGGGGCACUCCGCUCAUCUCCGCGUCUCCGUCACCCGCGUCUCCGUCCCCCGGCACAGGGCCUGGCACACAGCAGCCCUCUGCAGAGGCCGGGCUCAAGGACAAGAUGGCAGCCAAGCAGCCCCCACCCCUCAUGAAGAAGCACAGCCAGACGGACCUCGUGAGCCGCCUGAAGACCCGGAAGAUCCUGGGUGUGGGCGGGGAGGACGAUGACGGGGAGGUGCACCGUUCCAAGAUCAGCCAGGUCUUGGGCAAUGAGACCAAAUUCACUGUUCGGGAGCCUUUGGGGCUCAGGGUCUGGCAGUUUGUUUCUGCUGUGCUCUUCUCCGGCAUUGCUGUCAUGGCCCUCGCCUUCCCCGACCAGCUCUACGACGCGGUCUUCGAUGGAGCCGAGGUGACCAGCAAGACCCCCAUCCGCCUCUAUGGUGGCGCCCUCCUCAGCAUCUCCCUGAUCAUGUGGAACGCGCUCUACACGGCUGAGAAGGUCAUCAUUCGGUGGACCCUGCUUACGGAAGCCUGCUACUUCGGGGUCCAGUUCUUGGUGGUCACUGCCACACUGGCUGAGACGGGCCUCAUGUCCCUCGGGACCCUGCUGCUCCUGGCCAGCCGCCUCCUUUUUGUCAUCAUCAGCGUUUACUACUAUUACCAGGUCGGCCGAAGACCCAAGAAAGUCUAGCCGCCUGCUGGGCCAGGGGACCCUGCCCGUGCCUGGAGCAGGGUGGCUCUGGGGCCUCUGUUUCCCUUUGGUUCCUGGAGGGCAGGAGGACCCCCGCCUUGGCCCAGGCGGGCAGAGGUGGUGGCCUUCCUUUCCUCCUGGGCACUCACCGGAUGCUGUGUUCUCCUGGGCUUCCAGGUUUGAGAUCCUGGUUUGGGGAGAGAUGGGGGCCUCUGCACCCCCAUUCUUCACUCCACACAGUGGCACCUCCUUUUCUUGGGUCUCUUGGCCUCCGAAUCCCCUGGGCAGGCAGACUGAAGUCAAGUCAAGUCAUAGGGGUAGUGGGCUAAGUCGAGGGUCCAGCCUCUUCUGCCAGGAAGCCCUUCUGGCUUUUGAGAGAGGCUGUGGACCAACUCCCUCCUUCUCCCUGCACCCCCAGGCAACCUAGUGCCCAGGCAGCUGAACUUGGCUUCCCUCUGUGCCUGGAAAACCUGAGAACCUGGCCCUGUGCCCCUACCUCUCAACCUGGGCCCUCCCCAUGCGUGCCCCUGAAUACACACACACACACACACACACACACACACACACACACGUGUGCGCUAGUGCCCCUUCCCACAGCCCAGCAGAGGGUGGACAGGCAGGGGUGGGCUGUCUUUGAGAUGGCACUGCCCUUUCAGCCUCUGCAGAUGGGCCACCUGCAGCCAGAGGCCCUGUCCCCACCUCAGGCCUGGCCCGUGGUGAGCUCUCCUGGGCUUGCUCUGAGUUCAGAGGCUGCCAGCGGCCACACGCACGGGCCCCACGGACAGGUGGGCACACAGACAGCCCCGGUGGAGCCACUGUAAGUGAUGGCGUUUGGAGAUGGGGGAGGAGAGGAACGCCGUGGCCUGUGUCCAGCUGGCUCAGCCCUGCCCGCCCCACUCCCCCCCACCAGGGAGCUGCCCCCGAGGCCUGGCCGCGUGGGCCCCAGGGGAGUAAACACACAUUUCAGCAGGCCCUGCCUCUCCGCUCCCCCAGGCCCCGAGACCCCUCCCUGCCUCUCCCUGCAGGUCCCCCAGCUGUGCCGGGAGCCCCCCCCCAUGCCUGGCGAGUCCCCGAGAUGCGGUGAAGGGGGACGUGGUGAAGGGGGAUGGCCACCGGCCCAGACUCCUCCCCCUUCUUGGGACAGAGUCGGGGGAGGUGGGGGUGCUGCCGCCUGGCGGGCCCUGGCCUGGGCCAAGCUGCCCCUGUAGCCGCGUGCCUAGUGCCAUGGCCCGUGCCCAGCAGAGCGGUGGCGCCACCACAGUCACGCAGCUGAGGAGAGCGGCCGAAGGGAUAGGAGGCUGGACUCUGGGGAAGGGCCCCUCUGUCCUGGCGUCCGAGUCUGGCUCCUCCUAGAGGGCUGUCCCCCUGCUGCCGAGACCGGCCGGCCGGGAGCCCACUGCCGCCUCCCAAAGGCCAAAGCCUCAGUCUCCCAUCUGCGCCAGGCCUGCAGAGGCCCAGCGAAGCCCCCCGAGGCUGAUGGUUGGUUUGUGCUCCCGGUAACUGCCGGCGUGGCAGGUAGACCCCGUGGCCAGAGGCAGGCGGGGAGCGGAGGGUCCCGAGUCUGGCCUGCGCCCGGCAUCUGCUGGGGCUGCGCCCCCCAAACCUUCCACUCAGCUGCCGGGUGGCGAGGGGGCGUGGCCUGCCCCCCGGGGUGGGGCUCUCCAGGCCGGGGCACAGAGCAGAGCUCGUGACAUAGUGUGUGGCUUAGUAAGACUUCAUUGUAGUGGACCCUGGGGGUGGGGGUGGGGGUGGGGGGCCCCCGAGGUCAGAUAAGACCUGCAGGACAGAUGUGGCCUCGGGGGCAGGGGACAUUAAGGCAAGGAAGGGUUAUGGUUGGGAAGGAGGCAGUGACAGAGGGGAGAGGGACCCUCCCCUCCAGCCGGGAAGGCUGGGGUGAGCUGGAAUGCCUCUUCUGCCAGUCCCCCUGCAGCCGGAACCCAGCACCCUCUUGUCAAGCUUCUGCCUCAGCCUCGGGCUACCCCCACCCCCAAAUCAAGACCACCUUUCUUCACGGUCACUAUUUAUUCUUCGUUCCUUUUUCUUUUUGUAAGAAACAGUCACAAAAACCAGUGCAAAACCA